CGUCGUGGAUUCCACGUUGGCCCGGACGUGGCAGUUCGUCGGCUGUAGUCCUGAGUGGAGACUCAGCAUCCAGAGAAAUAUCAUCAGAGAGGACUUUCUCAAGUGGCUGGGAUCACUUUUUCUUUCGUGGUUUCAAUCGUCUGUAAACAGUCAUGGGGCUCACAUUUUCGGGUUUAUUUACUCGGCUUUUUGGCAAAAAACAGAUGAGGAUUUUGAUGGUUGGGCUGGAUGCCGCUGGGAAAACGACUAUCUUGUACAAAUUGAAGCUUGGUGAAAUUGUGACCACGAUCCCAACCAUUGGUUUCAACGUGGAGACAGUAGAAUAUAAAAAUAUCAGUUUCACGGUAUGGGACGUGGGUGGCCAGGAUAAGAUCAGACCUCUCUGGAGACAUUACUUUCAGAACACACAGGGCCUCAUCUUUGUAGUAGACAGUAAUGACAGAGAAAGAGUGAGAGAGGCUGCUGAUGAGCUUGUAAAGAUGUUGGGAGAGGAUGAGUUGAAAGAGGCUGCUCUGCUGGUGUUUGCUAACAAACAGGACCUUCCCAAUGCCUUGAAUGUAAACGAGAUCACAGAGAAACUUGGCCUUUCCAACUUCCGCAACCAAACUUGGCACGUUCAGUCAACCUGCGCCACCCAGGGAGAUGGCUUGUAUGAAGGACUGGACUGGCUUUCCACAGAGUUAUCAGGCAGAGCCUAAUGAGCAUCAGCCUGACAAAUGAGAUAGAGAGACUAAACAGGAGAGAAGGCACAGACAUCCAGAAACAAACAGUCUUUUAGCACCAGUGUUCACCAAAAGGUCAAAGCUGUUGGACGAUAUAAUCAUCUUUGGGACAUCUUUUAAUCCUCUCAUUUUCCUUUUAUUAUCAACACUAUAACCAUAUUUUCCCUGCACAUAGUUUCUACUUUUGGCCCUCAUGAGAAUCCUCUUUCUUGGCAGGUUGCGGACACACAUUCAGUUUUGAUGAGUGAACUGCCUUUUUUUUUUUUUAAUGUCCUGGAAUCAAUGAAAAAUGUUUGGGUGUUGUCUUGUUUUUUCCCCCACUUGAACCACUUGUACACUUUUUGAGCUUACAGUAACUGUAUUGUCAAGCCUUGGCUGAGGGGAUAUGACAAUAUACACAUAAUUGUAGGCUGCCACAAGCUAUUUAUCUACAACCCCAUGUGAAUAUUUGACUCCCCUUCAUCCGUGACCCUUUGCUCUUCACCACUGUGUCCUCAAUUUGAUGCCAGCUCGUCGUUCAAAGGCCUGUUGCCUACAGAAUCAGAAAGACAAGGGUUAGAUGAAGCUGGCAUUGAUUCCUAACAUAGAGUUUGUUAACGGUGUGAACCCAUGUUGCCUUCCAGUAGAUGCAACCACAAAGGAGUGCUGUGCCUUUUGGUCCCUUUGGACACAAAUCUGAGUUAUCCCUUUUAUCUCUUAUUCAUCCUUCUAAGAUUCAACAGUGACUUUUUGCUUUUGGAAGAAAACUUGUGCAAUGAGACACAUCCUCUGGUGUUGCAUUAUGUGGUAUGCUCCAGUGGAUCCACACCCCAACAUGAGCGUUAAGGGCUUUUUUGACUUCACUAUCAACAUGGAUUUUUCCUCUCUGAACAUUUAAAAACUUGACCUCACAAUGUCCUUCCUUUCUAAAAAAAACACAUUGAAAAGAAGGAUUUAAGUAAGGUUUCACUUCUCUUGUUUACACUAACAGGAAGAAGGAAUCAUCUUUUUCAGUGCUGACACAUGGUCAGUGCAGCACAGUACAGUAGCAUGUUUUUAUUUUGUUGUCUUUUUUUUUUUUUGCAGCGACUGGGGCUGAUGAUGUUUUGUCUGACAAUAACUGUGUUGUAUUCGUAGUUAUUCUGUUUUUUUUAAACUCAGAAACAUACCAGCACAUCACUUUAUUUGUGUACACAUUCCAGUCUGUGAUUGCAGUUGCUGAGGCUGCGACUCUUAAAAAUAUUUGCUAUAAGUGCUAUCUUACAAAAAGCUCUGAAUAAAGCCCAUAAAAAUCAAAA